AGCAACGCGUCCUUUCAUUGAGCAAUGCCUCAGGCAUUGCGUUGAGCAUUGCAUUGCAUUGAGAGACCCUUGCCUCUUGCAUUGAUCUAUGCCGUGUAUAUACUCUCUUGCUGUUGGCUGUGUUUACCACGACGUGUUUACGCCAAUGGUUUAUGCACGCGCGUUCAUAUGCGUUGGAACCACAGCACACCCGGCGUAAAAUACGUAGCGAGAGUCUCUAAUCAAAUUUUGUGGUAUACCAUCCUGAAGUGAGCUGCAACGAUGGCAAAAGGAUCCGUGUUGUGGAGACGAACCGAGACCAUCGACGAGGACAUGUGGGACGACAGCGACUUGAUUGCAGCUUACGACCGGGCUUACGAGAAAAUAAAGAAAGAAAUUGAGAAAAGAAACCUUACUUCGUCGGAAAACUCAUCAGCAGGACAGGAACCAUCGACUGGAUGGAAGCAGGGUGACUACUGCAUUGCAGUCUACUCUGGAGACAAACUUCCAUAUGAGGCCAAGAUCAAGUGCAUUAGAGGGAAGCACUGCAUUGUUCACUACAUUGGGUACGGCAAUGAGGAGCGUGUCCUUUUGUCAGACCUCCAUCCAUCAGAGGGCAAGAAGGCACGACAAGCUCAGCAAGCUCGAGCAGGGAGCAGUGUCCACACGAGCAAUGUGAAGUCUGGCUCAUUUCAGCAUUGCGCAGGCAUUCCUAAUCUUCCCAACGAACCUCCGUGGGGUGCUGCUAGCUUGGGAGCACCGCUUUCAAGCUCAGCUCAUGGCAUACCUCCCCUACCACCACAUCCAUCACUGUUCUUGGAGAAUAGUGCUGAGAGCGGUGCACUUUCCUCAAUGCUCAUGUCCUGGUAUUUGAGUGGCUACCACACUGGCUACUAUCAGAUCCCAUGUAAACAAGAAAAUGCGGGAAGCAUGUGUGAUCGAGAACAGUAUAUACAGUCAAACCUCGACAUAUCGAACACGAAAUAUCGAAUUAUUGCAUAUAUCAAGCACUUUCUAUAUCACCUGGAAAAAGGUAUGCAUUUUUAAAUUUUUUAUUUCGAA